AUGCUUAGGGCUCCACGCCAUACACCACGCCUCGCCGGGCUCCUCCGCGCCCGGCGGUACCACGACGACGCGUCCUUCGGGUACCGCGUCCCCAGCAAGUACACGCUGCCUGACUACACGGCCGAGGAGAUGGCGAACCGCAACGAGAACGCUGCACUGCUCCGUUACGUCGAGAUGAUGCGCCGCCACGGACACCGUGCGGCAAAGGUUGAUCCCCUCGACCUCAUGGAGCGCGAUCCCGUCUCCGCCCUUGACCCUUACCGCUACGGCCUGUCCGACGACACAAAGUACCCACUCAAGGGUAUCAUGCACCUUCCCCAGAGCGGGGAUGUCCCCCGCACACAGACCGGCGAGGGCACGGACGUGUCCAGCACGCUCAAGGAGAUCACCGAGCACCUGAUGGGCGUGUAUGUUGACAGGAUCGGUUAUGAGUUUCAGCAGUGCCCCAGCAAGGAUGAGCGCUUGUGGUUCCAGCAUCACGUCGAGACCCACUCGAGCUCCCUAGGGUCAUUGGACGAUUCACGCAAGAAGCGCGUGUGGGAGCUGUUGAGCCGGAGUGAGGAAUUUGACCGCUUCCUUGGCAAGAAGUUCCCCAACCUCAAGCGCUACGGCUGCGAAGGUGCUGAGAGCAUGCUCCCUGCCCUCGACACUCUGUUCGAGCUCGGCGCCAAGGCCGACCUUCAGAGCAUUGUCGUUUCGCUCCCCCACCGCGGCCGCCUCAACCUCCUCACCGAGCCCGAGCUGUUCGCGUACUCCCCCACCGGACUGUUUGCUAAGAUCAAGGGCCAGCCCGAGUUUGACCCGUCCACAGCGCCCGGUGCGACUGGCGAUGUCAUCUCGCACCUCGGCGGCAUCCGUGAGCUCGACUACGACGGCAACAAGGUCAAGAUCGAGAUGCUCCAGAACCCUAGCCACCUCGAGGCCGUCAACCCAGUAGCACUCGGCAUCACGCGUGCCAAGCAGAUGAAGCUCCUUAAGGAGUCGCCUGCCGACUGCCAGCUUGGAGACCGCGUCCUCUGUGUUCAGCUUCACGGUGACGCCGCGUUCAGCGGCCAGGGCGUCGUUGCUGAGAGCCUCGGCCUCAGUGGCCUCCCGCACUACGGCAGCGGCGGCACGAUCCACCUGAUUGUCAACAACAACAUUGGAUACACCACGCCCGCGACCUUCAGUCGCUCGGCAAUGUACGCGUCCGACGUCGGCAAGAUGAUCGGCUGCCCGAUCCUGCACGUCAACGGCGAUUAUCCAGAGGACGUUGUGCGCGCUGUCGACGUUGCGUUCCAGUACCGCAACAUGUUCCGGAAGGACAUUAUCAUCGAUCUCAUCUGCUACCGCCGCUGGGGUCACAACGAGCUCGACGAGCCUGGCUUUACGCAGCCGCUGAUGUACGAGAAGAUUCGCUCGCGCAAGAGUGUGCCCGAGUUGUUCGAAGAGCGGCUCACGGCGGCCAACGUGUUCUCCGAGGCGGACGCCAGUGCCGGCCGUGCCGCGUACAACGAGACUCUUGACAAGGCUCUCGAGGGCGUUCCGGGAUACAGUGCGCCUAGCGAGAUGCUCGGUGGCAAGUGGAAGGACAUGGUGUGGCCAGCGAGCGCGGAGGCCAAGCCUGACCCAGAGACCGGUCUGCCAAUCGACCGUCUCGUCGACAUCGGGAAGAAGAGCGUCGAGCUGCCUGCUGAGUUUAACGUCCACUCGCGCCUCAAGCGCCACAUCAGCUCCCGCCUCAAGGGCCUCGAGUCCAAGGUUGACUUUGCUACUGCUGAGGCGAUGGCGUUUGGUUCGCUUAUGGAGGAUGGAAACGACGUGCGCAUCUCGGGCCAGGAUGUUGGUCGAGGGACAUUCUCGCAGCGCCACGCAAUGUUUGUGGACCAGAAGGACGAGAGCUGCUAUGUGCCGUUGAAUGACUCGCUUCAGGCACCGGGUAAGCUCGAGCUCUGCAACUCGAGCCUGAGCGAGAUGGCGGUGCUGGGCUUCGAGAUCGGGAUGAGCUGGGCGAACCCCCGACUCCUGCCAAUCUGGGAGGCGCAGUUCGGUGACUUUCACAACGGCGCGCAGAGCAUGAUCGACACGUUCCUCGUCGGCUCGCAGGCCAAGUGGCUCAAGCAGACGGGGCUCGUCAUGCAGCUACCUCACGGGUACGACGGCGCAGGGCCUGAGCAUAGCUCGUGCAAGAUCGAGCGCUUCCUCCAGCUGUCUGACGACCCCGCAACGCUAACCCACGACGUCAACCUGCAGGUUGCGAACCCGUCGACACCCGCACAGUUGUAUCACCUCCUCCGGCGCCAGGUGCUUCGAAACUACCGCAAGCCUCUGAUCAUUGCGUCCCCGAAAGGCCUGCUCCGUGCGCCCAUCGCUGCGUCCCCGCUCGCCGACAUGGCCGAGGGCACUCGCUUCCAGCCUGUUAUUGCCGACGAGACGGAGAACGCGUCCCGUGUUGUCCUCUGUUCAGGCAAGCACUACUACACGUUGCUCGAGGCUGCCAAGGCGCAGGGAGUUGACGACGUCGCCUUCAUCCGCGUUGAGGAACUCUCGCCCUUCCCCGCUGCGCAGGUGGCGGACGCACUGUCCUGUCACCCGCCUUCCACGCAGGUGGUGUGGGCACAGGAGGAGCCGGCCAACCAGGGUGCAUGGACCUUUGUCGCACCCCGCCUCAACCGCAUCCUCGAGGAUCGGGGAAGUGAGCCGGCCCAGUAUGCCGGGCGGAAGGCAAGCGCGACGACGGCGGCUGGCGUGGGCGCGUGGCACAAGGAGGAGGCGGCCGAGAUUGUCGCCGCCGCACUCGAUGGUUAA